AUGAUGGUGCGGCGAACACGGGAAGCAGAUGCCGACUUACCGGAGAAUCCUGAUCAUCCAUCUCUACUACCUUCUUUCGAGUCUGCACUAACUGCAGUGUCUCGAAAACGCCCACGUCUUUCAGACCCCUUGGUAGGCCAUGGUCGCCAUUUCUGUCGUACUGUCCACCCAUUUUGUAACAUCAACUCUCUCCUGAUCAAUGGACUGCUUCGGAUGAGUGAUGAAUCAGACGAUCAGCACCUUACUGGAAAUGAACUACGUGAACAGAAGAUCUUUUUGAGUCUUCUUUGUAUGGUGCCUGGGCUCAAGGAUCGGUUGACCGAUAAGGAUUCGUCUGAGGAGGAAAUUGAGAUCAUUAGCCAGCUGAUACAAAAAGGUGUUUCUGGUGCCCGAUCUGACGACACCAAGAGCAUCAAAGGUGCCAUAGUCGAAUGGAUAACACCUCAAGGCCAGCAGCUUAGCCCACAGCUCCAUCGGAAUAUCAAGUCCAACCGAGGCUUCAAUCAUCAUCGUACCGGGCAACUACUAUGUCCAACUGGACUUGAUUGGGAAGAUGAAGAGACUCGAGCUAAACUACGAAAUGGUGAUAUACACAUUGCUGGUGACCACUGGCCCAUAUUUUUGUAUGCCGACUGCAUUUACAAUGCAGAAGACCCAUGGAUGGGCCUGUUUAAAAACAAUGUUUUGAUCUCGGCUUACAAGUACGUCUUCACAUCCCCGUCAUCUGUUGACACAAACGCCGAGUCACGAGCAACUCACUCGGGUAAUGCUCGUUUACAUGGCAUGUUACAUGUUACACCAGCGUCAGUUGCAUAUAUUGCAACACAAGUCCGUUUUGCACUAUCUUCACAGGCAAUAUUCUCCCGCACAGAUAUCACUUCCGAUUCUGAGGGAUUUUUCAAUAGUGUCAUGGACUUAUUCGAGGAUCCCGAUGAAAUCGAAGAUGUCAACAGUCUCUUAGCGUGGUGGGACUCGAAAAUUUUUCCUGCCUCAGCCACCCCUACGAGAAUCCCAGCAAAGAACGGCGCAUUGGCGAAGAUCCGACAAAGACGAGCGGCUCUCAAACACCAAAUGUCCCCUUCAAGCUCUCGUUCUGAGGGGCAAGCUAAUGCGGACAACUAG